AUGGGAAUUUGCACAGUUCCUUACUUAGCAAGCAUAUUCACCGAGAUGCUUGAUGAAGACUUAACAGUUGAUGUGGAUCAUUUGAAGCAUUUACAUAAUGAUAUGGAAAUUCGCUUCUCUGAUUUACUCCAAGUGACGGUGCCGCAGUGGCUUGUGGAUCCCUUCGUUGUUGAUUCAUCUGAAGUCGAUAUUGACAUACAAGAAAGAUUCAUUAAACUUCAACAUAAUACAGCGGUUCAAGCAAUGUUCAAGUAUGGAAGAUUCCAGAAGCUUUGCAUGAAUGAAGAGAUCUCUAAAAAGUACCCAUUACUCUGGAAAAACGCUAAGUUGUUUUUACUCACUUUCCCAUCUUAUUUAGUUGAGUCAGGUUUCAGUCGGAUGAUAUUUCUAUUGUCAAAGACUCGGAAUUUCCUUGACGUAGAACGAAGAGGAGAUUUACGCCUCUCACUGACGGCUUUGUAA